AUGGUAUUUCGACCAAGACCUACCGACGAUGGAACAGAUCUGCCCAUCCCCAAUGGCGCUCGCAACCGGGGCGGCUCGAUCAUUGUCUGGUCCGGCCAUCCUGGAAAACAGCCAGUCCAUCCAUGGCAUAACGCCCAGGCCAACCACCAAAAAGGAUCCGUCGUAUUAGGCAAUGGGCUGAACGAGCUAGAAGCGUCCCCAUCAGGGUCGCCAUUAUCACCAUCGGCAUCAUCACUUCAGAAUCGCCGAAUAUUCAACCUCCGCCCAUCCACAUUGAUACUCUCCUGCAUUCUCUUCCUCGUCACCUCGGCUUUAAUCGUGGUCGGCACCCUUCUCGGCAGCAAAAUCGCCAAGCUUGAGAACACAAUCCCCGGACUCGCGCUUCACAGCAGCCCAGAUAGCGCGAACCAAACAUCACCAGGCCAUAACCAAAACUCACCAUCAUCCUCUUCCACAUCCUCCUCACCCUCAGCAACCACCACUUACGCCGCAUCACCAUCCGACCUACCACCCCCCUUACCGCCCACCAUCUCCGUCUCGGGCUGGACCUAUCUCGGUUGCUACUACGACUCCGAAGUCCGCAUUUUACCAGAUGCCUUCCUCUCCGCCGUCAACAUGACCAACCAGGUCUGCUCCGAGUACUGUACCAACAGCUACACGAACAAAAACAACAACAACAGCAACAACCAACGCCGCAGGACGGCCCCACGGCACUUCGGCACUCAGGUCGCCCUGCAAUGCUACUGCGGCACUGCCGACAACGCCGUGCUAGCGACGCGGCGGGCGCCCGACUGGCAGUGCAUGCACCAGUGUGCGGGCCGGAUGAGUGCCGCGGAACGGUGCGGUGGGGAUUGGGCGCUGACGUUGUGGGAGAGGGAUGGGUGA